GGCGCUGCUCCUUCCGUCCGUAGCCAAAGAAAUAAAACAUUAGCAGCUCCGACCCCUCCCUCCGUCUCGUCGCCUUCUUCCCCCGUUCCCUGGCCAUCGAUCCAACCCUACGGCAGGAAUCCUGAUUUUUCGGGGCCGGAGGAGAUCGCGUGGGAGUGGCGAGUGUAGAUUGCCGAUCGAUCGCUGGUGGGUCGGGUCGGGUCGGGUCGGGUUGGUUGACGCGAGGAAGCUAGGGAUUCCGAGAUCCGACUUUUCCUUGCUCGCUGAGACAUCUUUGGUGUUUAUAUUUGCGUUUGGGGGGCUGACUCUUCUGGUUCCCCUUCCUUAGAUCCUCGAAUUGGCGCCACCCUACGGGAGUCAAUUUGUCUAGGUUUUGAAGCUGCAAGUUGAUUUUUCUUUGGAAUUUGCUUGAAAAUGAGUAGUAAAAGGGAGGAGGUGAGGAAUGAGAAGAUCAUUAGAGGUCUUAUGAAACUGCCGCCCAACAGGAAAUGUAUUAACUGUAACAGCCUGGGUCCCCAAUAUGUGUGCACAAAUUUCUGGACCUUCGUUUGUAUCGUGUGCAGCGGGAUUCACCGUGAGUUUACGCACCGUGUGAAGUCUGUUUCUUUGGCAAGAUUUACCACACAAGAAGUAGAGGCUCUCCAAAGGGGUGGCAAUCAGCUUGCAAGAGAAAUUUAUUUAAAAGAUUGGGACAUGCAGAGGAUGAGAUUUCCAGAUAGCAGUAAUGCUGACAAAAUUAGGGAAUUUAUAAAAGAUGUCUAUGUGAAUAAGAAAUAUGCUAGGGGGAAUUCCACAGGCAAGCCAUCUAGAGACAUUGAGAGCUCCAAGAAUCACGAAUUAGAACAGAGGAGAGCCAGUUCUUACCAUUCUUUUUCUCAGAGCCCUCCUUAUGAGUAUCAGUAUGAGGACAGGCGCUAUGGAAAACAAUUUGGCAUGUUAAACAGAAAGCCAGGUUCCAAUCAAGGGCAUUAUGAUGGGAAAACGGGUAGCUCCAUAUAUAGUUCAAGUCAUGUAACAUAUGAAGACAGAUUUGCGAAUGAAAGUUCUGGUUCAAGAAUGUCAGACUUCUCCAUUUCUAGUGCAGGUGAUACAUUCAAAUAUGAUGUCCAGUCACUAAGUUCUCAAGAUAAUGGGUGUUGCAGCCCUUCUUUAUACCUGUCAAGGGAUGCCAUACAUAAAGAUGCAAAGCAACAAACAUUGAAUCAGUUUACUGAGACAAAUGCUAAAAGGAAUUUAGAUGGGAUGCGAUGUCCUAAGAGAACCUCAUCUGCUGGCAGCUUUGGUUCCUUGGAUAGCAGCUCUAUUUCUCAUAGAUCAUUUAGUCCAGCGAAUGCAGUAGAUAUUGCUCUGGAGCCUGUGCAUUCAAGUGGAAUCCAGCAGGCAAAAGCAACUAUAUUUUCUUCUACACAGUCAUCUGCUUCCAUUGUUACUGGGAACAAGGAUCUAUUGAAUUCAUCAUUCGUACAACAACCAAUGAGUACAUCUCCAUCCAUAGAUUUGUUUGCCAAUUUUAAUAACCAAUCUUCAUCUUUAAGCCCUUUUGAGCACAAACCUAAUUCAUUGGGUGUAGUAGAUGUUGUCUUGGAGUCUGUGCAUUCAAGUGGUACACAGCAGGCAAAGACAUCUACAUUCUCUUCUGCUCAGUCACCUGCUUCUAUUCAUACUGGGAACAAGGAUAUAGUCGGUCCAACAUUUGUACAGAAGCCAAACACUUCAUCUACAUCUGUUGAUUUGUUUGCUGACCUUAGUAAUCAACCUUCAUCUACAAUCCCUAUCGAGCACAGAUCAGCAGCAGAUCCAGUCCCACAAAAUGAUGGAUGGGCUACGUUUGACCUACCUCACCAUGUAGGAGUUGAUUCUGCAAUGAGUCCAGUUAUCUCUGCUGUAGAGCUUUCUGGUAGUGGAGCACCCAAGGAAAGGGUGGGUGGAUGGGUAUCUCCAGAAAACGACUCAGGUUGGUUUCCAUUUCAAAAUCCUCUCGCUCCUGGACCCAUGACAGUUACAUCUGGCCAGUUGCAUUCAGAUCUACAAGAACGCACAAGAUCUGCCGAUCAAAACAACUCACAGUUGUGGAACACCUUUGAUGAUUCAACUAAGAAAGUACCUCAGGCAUCAGUUGGGGGUCUACCACAGAAUAGUAUAUCAUGGAUUCAUGUGCCUGACUUUGCAUUGCAUGAUACAAAUGUUGCUCUAAAAGUAAUGCAGGAUUUUGAUAAGGAUGGGUUUCAAAGGUCAGCUAUGGAUGCUGGAAACCCUUGUCUUGAUCAGCCAGUGGGUGUUGUUGCAGGAUCACCUUUGUCAUUAUUGGUUAAGCCGGGAGGGGUUGAUCAACCACAAAAAUCAACAAAUCCUUUUGAUCUUCCAUAUGAUGCACACUUGGAACCCAUGAAUGCGUUCUUGGAUAUGAGCUCCUUAGAAACUGCAUUACCAAGCACACAGUUGAUCAAUGAUUACCUUGCUGGUGUAGCUCAACCCUGGAAUUCUCAGAAUGCGGCUGCAACAUAUAUUUCUUCUCUCCCUGAAGGAGGGUUGCAAUACAUGUCCGGGCAAGGACCAAGUUCUCAUUUUCCCAAGUUCCCUCCCCAAGGCCCUGGUGCAUCUGUUGGUGGGAAUCCAUUCGCGUGAGUUCUAGCAACACAACUACAUUACCCAGUUGCUUCAAGUGAAUUUGCUUAACUGGGUCAUCAAUUUCACAUGUUCACUUGCGCGAGGGAUGGUCGUUCUAAAUUUAGUGUUCUGCAGUUCAUAUUCUUUUUGUGGGUUAUGAUUGUGUCCUGUAUUAGCUUUGGUGGGAGGCUCUGCUCAUUAGGAGCGCGUAGGUCACUGUAAGUUUGAAGCAUUGGUGGUUUUGAUUGCAUCAAAGAUUCAAUCUGAUAAGAGGCAGUUUCGGCCUAUCCUGUCGUCGUCUCUCAUAUUUGGUCAUUCUUUGACUCAGUAGACUGUUGUGAAAUCAUGGCUUAUCGUCCAAGUCAUGUAGAUUCUUUUUAAUAUGAGGCUUCAACUUGUUGCAACAUUAUCAAUAA